AUGUCAUCUAACGUCAGUGUCAAUACCCCUCCUCUCCGCCGUAAACCCGGAGCAGGACGUAAAUCUAUAAACUACGCCGAUUCACCCGCUUCUGACCGUUCGACUCCUUUGCAACCCCGACAUGACAAUCUGCCUUUGGACGAGUAUCAUCCGGUAAAUGACGAUAAAUCAGAGAAAGCUAUCAGAAGAAAGUCGACUCAUUUCGGUCAAUUGGGUGUGGAGGGGGGAAAUGGAGCGAACGGAGGGAAUGGGUUGGGACCAGGAGGAAAGAGGACUGUGAGCGCUUUAGGGAUGCAACAACAGAAAAGGGCGAAAAGAUUGAGUGCGGUGGUUCCGAGUGGACCACCGGUCAGUAUGGAAGUGAUGCAUACGAAUUUCGAAGAGUGGAUGAAGUUGGCGACGGAUAAUAAAAUCACAGCUACAAACACUUGGAAUUUCGCAUUGAUCGAUUACUUUGCCGACCUCACCUUGCUUCGGAAUGGCCCAGACGAUCAGAGUAUCAACUUCCAGAAAGCCAGUUGUACUCUUGACGGAUGUGUCAAGAUUUGGACGUCGAGAGUGGAUAGUGUGGCCACUGAAACUGGGAAGCUGCUGAGUGGCUUGGCUGGAGGCGAGUCCAUCCUCGGCCUUGAAGAGAUGGACCAGACGGGAGAUGGAGAUGAGGAAGAGAAUGGAGAACCGUCAACAAAACGCAAGGCUCCAACCAGAUCAGAAGCCACCCUCGCCAAAUCUUUCUCGGUACUACAAGUCAAAAAGUUUGAUCUUGAAUUCACUGUCGACCCUCUCUUCAAGAAAACCUCUGCAGAUUUUGACGAAGGAGGUGCCAUGGGUUUAUUAAUGAACCAUCUUGGUGUUGAUGGUCGUGGACGAGUAGUAUUCGAUGCCGGUGAUGCUACGAUCGAAGAAGAAGAUGAAGGUGAUCUUCCCGAAGACGAACAAGUAGAUUUAACAAAAUUGAAAGAAUAUCUUCCUCCAACAAGUACAAUGGAAGAACUACAAAUAUCCAAUACACUUGGAGAUUUUAGGUUUUCUUCAGAUCCUGACGCAAUGCCAGAUUUCGCUACUCUUGUCGGUCUCAAAGAAUUAGAUGAUGAACCCAUGCUGGAACAUACGGAUGAAGUUUCAGGGGAAGGUGGUGCACAUGAUUUCUUUGGUGAUGAGAAUUUCGACGUUCCUAUGGGUAUGGAAGUUGAUGAUGGUAUGUCAGUCGUUGAAGGUGAUUCGGGGGAUAUGGAAGAUGGUAUAGGAGAUGGGAAUGGAGGAUUAAGAGGUGGUUUACAAAUGUUGGCACCUGGUGAUUCUCAUGGACCGUUUGAUCCGAGAAGACAAGGAGGGGAAUUGGUCAUGUCUAUGAUGGAAGGAGAUGAUGGGAUGUUUGAUUAUUUUGAUAAAGGUUUUGGAAGAGCUUGGGCAGGUGCGGAACAUUGGAAAUUGCGUAAAGUGUCUAGAAAGGACCAAGCUCUUCCCGCGACUAUCAAAACUACCAAAGUGGCCAAACAACCAUUCCAAAUAGAUUUCCUCUCUCUCCCCGGACCAUCAUCCAAGACCCUUUUCGGCGCCGCUUCCAAAUCUUCCAUCUCAUUACCCUCAACAAAGAGAGAAAGGGGUAAACGAGGAAAUGAUGCUAGAAAAAGAAAAGAAGAAUAUUUAUUACCGGAUGAUAUGCACUUUAGUAGUAGACAAUUAUUAAGGUUAUUCAUGAAACCUAAGUUUUCCCUUCGAAUGCGCCGAAACGCAGUAUCGACACGAAUGGCCGAAAAUCCAAAUGGAGAGAUCGAUGAGAACUUUUGGGCUCAAGCUGCUGCUGACAGAGCGGAAGGCGAUGUGGAAAUGGAAGACAAUCCAGCACCAAAUCCAUUCGAAUCUCAAUUCUUCCAUGACGACGCAACAGAUGCAGGAGAUUAUGCAGAUGUAGAUGAUGUCCUCGAUCCUGAUACCGCAUAUGGAGAAGAAGAAGAUUUAUGGCAAGGUAGUCAAGGUAUUGAGUUAAAGAAAUCUCGACCUGAAAAUGUCAAUUUUGCUAAGAAAGCGAAGAGGGUCGAUGUGAAGAGAUUAAAGGAUGAUAUUUGGAAAGGACUUAGAGGUUUGGUUCCUGACACUGAAGGGGUUCCUACUUCUGAAGAUGAACCUCAAGAAGUUCAAACUCCGAAAGAAGAAGUGAAAACUUUCGAUACUAUCAUCACAUCUCUUCGUUCUUCUUACCCUCAGGAGAAAAUGAGCGAAAUCUCAACUUCAUUCUGUUUCAUCUGUCUUCUUCAUCUAGCCAACGAAGAGGGUUUGCGGAUUGAGACAGCUCGGUUUGAUGGGAAAGAUGGAGAAGAUGUUGGAUGUCAAGGUUUGGCAGAUGGGGUAGAGGUCGAUGAUACGUUUAUGAGAAAGGGAAAGUUGGAUGAAGAUGAAAAGAUGGAUAGGAUAGUGGGAGAGUUACAAGCUUUGAAGGUUUUCAAGGUUAGUCAAAUGGACUUUCCCUUUGUUUCUCUCAUCCUUUCUAAGAUCUUGCUUUCUAGUUUUGAGCGAGAACCUUUCAUGUCUCUUCUUUCAACCCCGGCGCACCUUUCUAUCCAUCAACAACGUCUCUCGUCUCCUCGAUUAUGA